GGCACUGCCCGGGUCCCUCACCCGCAUUCCGGUGACCGACGGGGAUGGUGAGGCCGUGCUGACCAUGGACGCUCUGCGGCAGCGCUUCCCCAACCCGCAGGAGCUGGUGGGACAUUCCCUCUACGUGUCCGUCACCGUCCUCACCCAGUCAGGCAGUGACAUGGUGGAGGCCCAGCGUGGUGGCAUCCCCAUCGUGACGUCGCCCUACACCAUCCACUUCACCCACACCCCCAAGUACUUCAAACCGGGCAUGCCCUUUGACCUCCGGGUCUUCGUCACCAACCCGGACGGGUCACCAGCCCCGCGUGUCAGCGUCCAGGCCGACGGGUUCCAGGGCCUGGUGUCCACCCAGCGCGACGGCACCGCCCGGCUCGUGGUCAACAUGCCGGCCAACAAGGACAGCGUCCCCGUCACCGUGCGGACGGUGCAGGAGGGGCUGCCCCCCGAGCGCCAGGCGUCGCGGCAGAUGACGGCCCAGGCCUAUCGCAGCCAGGCCGGCUCCGGAAACUUCCUGCACUUGGCCGUGCAGGCCACGGAGCUGAGGGCCGGGGAGAACCUGCCCGUCAACUUCCACCUCAAGACCAACAACAACGCCGUCCGCGACGCCGUCCAGUACUUCACCUACCUGAUCAUGAGCAAGGGGCGCAUCGUCCGCGCCGGGCGGCAGCGCCACGAGGCCGGGCAGAGCCUGGUCACCAUGAGCCUGCCGGUGACCCCCGAGCUCAUCCCCUCCUUCCGCAUCGUGGCCUAUUAUCACGUCCUGCCCGGAGAGAUCGUGGCCGACUCCGUCUGGGUGGAUGUCCAGGACACCUGCAUGGGCACCCUGGUGGUGAAGGGGGCGACGGAGGCCGACAACCGCGUGCACCAACCGGGGACCCCCAUGAGGCUGCGCCUCGAGGGCGACCACCGGGCCCACGUGGGGCUGGUGGCCGUGGACAAGGGGGUCUUCGUGCUCAGCAAGAAGAACAAGUUCACCCAGGCCAGGGUUUGGGACACGGUGGAGCAGAGUGACAUCGGCUGCACCGCGGGCAGCGGGAGGGACAACGUCGGGGUCUUCGCCGACGCCGGGCUCGGUUUGGCCACCAACGUGAAGAUCUCGACGCCACCGCGGUCGGAGGUGCAGUGUCCCAAGGAGGCCUCGCGCAGGCGUCGCUCGCUGCCGCUCGUGCAGUACAAAGGCACCAAAGCGUCCGAGUACCAGGACAAGGCUCUGCGGAAGUGCUGCGAGGACGGGAUGCGGGAGAUCCCGAUGGAUCACAGCUGCGAGCAGAGGAGCUCCUACAUCCAGGAGGGCGAGUCCUGCGUCCGCGCCUUCCUCGACUGCUGCAAGUACAUCCAGGGCAUCCGCCAGGAGAAGCGGCGCCAGAGCAAGAUCCAGCUGGCACGAAGGGUGGCCAUGAGGCCACGGACGAGAGGGAUGCCCCCACCCCCAGGCGAGGAGGACGAGGUGUUCCUGAGCGACGAGGCCAUCACCUCGCGGAGCCUCUUCCCCGAGAGUUGGCUGUGGCAGGUGGAGCAGCUGACGGAGGCCCCCAACGAUCUGGGGGUGUCGGUGAAGACCCUGCCCGUGUACCUGAAGGACUCCAUCACCACCUGGGAGGUGCUGGCCGUCAGCCUCUCGCCCAACAAGGGGCUGUGCGUGGCCGACCCCUACGAGAUCACGGUGAGGAAGGAUUUCUUCAUCGACCUGCGCCUGCCCUACUCGGUGGUGAGGAACGAGCAGGUGGAGAUCCGCGCCGUCCUCUACAACUACUGGCUCCAGGAGAUCACCGUGCGGGUGGAGCUGGUUCACAACCCCGCCAUGUGCGGCCCCUCCACGGCCAAGCAGCGCUUCCAGCAGAUCCUGCGGGUCAAGGCCGAGUCCUCCCGCACCGUGUCCUUCGUGCUCGUGCCCCUCCAGCUGGGGCUGCACGACGUCGAGGUCAAGGCGGCCGUCAGGGACCUGUUCGCGGGCGACGGCGUCAAGAAGAAGCUACGGGUGGUGCCCGAGGGGAUGAGGCUGGAGAAGACGGUGAAGAUCAUCGAGCUGGACCCACAGAACAAGGGAGUCAACGGGGUGCAGGAGGAGCGGGUGAAGGCGGCGGAUCUGUCCGACAUCGUCCCCGACACCGAACCCGAGACCAAAGUCAGCAUCCAGGGGAACCCCGUGUCCAUCCUGGUGGAGAAGGCCAUCGACGGGGACAAGCUGAAGCACCUGAUCACGGUGCCCUCGGGCUGCGGGGAGCAGAACAUGAUCGCCCUGACCCCCACCGUCAUCGCCACCCACUACCUGGACAGCACCCAGCAGUGGGAGAGCUUCGGGCUGGACCGCAGGGCCGGGACCAUCGAGCUCAUCAGGAAGGGUUACGUCCAACAAUUGGCCUUCAAGAAACCCGACAACUCCUACGCCGCCUUCAUCGGCCGCCCCUCCAGCACCUGGCUGACCGCCUACGUGGUCAAAGUGUUCUCCAUGGCCCAGAAGCUGACGGACAUCGAGCCCGAGGUCAUUUGCGGGGCCGUCAAGUGGCUCAUCCUCAACAAGCAGAAGCCGGACGGGAUCUUCCAGGAGGACGCUCCCGUCAUCCACCAGGAGAUGAUUGGGGGUUACAAGGGGGCCGAGCCCGAGGUGUCCCUCACCGCCUUCGUCCUCGUGGCGCUGGAGGAGGCCCGGGAGAUCUGCAAGGACCACGUCAACAACCUGGACUGGAGCAUCAACAAGGCCGCCGAGUUCCUGGGCCGGCGCUACGAGCAGCUGGCCCGGCCCUACACGGUGGCCCUGAGCUCCUACGCGCUGGCCCUGGCCGGCAAGCUCAAGAGCGAGAAGGUCCUCAUGAAGUUCUCCAAAGGUGGGCAGAGCUGGGAGGAGCGGAACGCCCGGACCUACAACAUCGAGGGCACGUCCUACGCGCUGCUGGCCCUGCUGCACAUGAAGAAGCCGGAGCUGGCGGGGCCCGUGGUGCGCUGGCUCGCCCAGCAGAACUACUUCGGGGGCGGCUACGGCUCCACCCAGGCCACCAUCCUGGUGUUCCAGGCGCUGGCCCACUACCAAGUGGCGGCUCAGAAGGAGCUGGAGCUCAACCUGGACGUGUCGGUGCUGCUGCCACGCCGGGCCAGCCCCGUCAAAUACCGCAUCAAGAACAGCAACGCGCUCGUGGCACGGUCUGCUGAGACGAAGGUGAACGAGGACUUCACGGUGAAGGCCGAGGGGGUUGGCAAGGGGACAAUGACAGUGGUGACCGUCUACAACGCCAAGGUCCCCGACAAGGACGACAAGUGCGACAGCUUCGACCUGCGCGUGCAGGUGGAGGACGUGGCAGUGGGCAAAGAGGAGGAGGACGUCAUCAGCUCCAUCAAGAUCACCAUCUGCGCCAGGCACCUGGGUGACGUGGAUGCCACCAUGUCCAUCCUGGACGUGUCCAUGCUGACCGGCUUCACCCCCGACCUGCAGGACCUCAAGAGGCUCUCAGAGGGGGUGGACAGGUACAUCUCCAAGUUCGAGCUUGACCAGGCACAGUCGGAGCGGAGCAACGUCGUCAUUUACCUGGACAAGAUCUCCCACCGGGCCGAGGAGUGUUUUGCCUUCAAGGCCCACCAGCGCUUCCAGGUUGGGCUCAUCCAGCCCGCGGCCGUCACCGUCUACAGCUACUACAAGAUCGACGACCGGUGCACGCGGUUCUACCACCCGGACAAGGAGGGCGGGAAGCUGAGCAAGAUCUGCCAGGGGGACGUGUGUCGCUGCGCCGAAGAAAACUGUUUCCAGCGGCGGGACCAGGACGAGCCCCUCACCGUCGAGCAGCGGAUCCAGCGCGCCUGCGAGCCAGGGGUGGACUACGUGUACAAGGUGCGCUUGGUGGCCGUGGAGGAGACGCCAUCCCACGACAACUACGUCAUGAACGUCCUGGCCGUCAUCAAGAUGGGCACCGACGAGGACCCGGCGGGCAGCAACAGGACCUUCGUGAGCCACCGGCAGUGUCGCGACGCCCUGAAGCUCGAGCGCGGGCAGGACUACCUGCUCUGGGGGCUGGGCAGCGACCUCUGGGCCACCGGCAGGCACUUCUCGUACCUCAUCGGGAAGGACACGUGGCUGGAGCGCUGGCCCUCGGAGGGGCAGUGCCAGGACCCCGAGCUCCAGCCCCUCUGCCAGGACUUCGUCCAGUUCUCCGAGGCCAUGACCCUGUUCGGGUGCCCCACCUGAGCGCCCGCCCCCCCGCCCGGGGGUGCCCCCCGGACCACCCCCCCGCCUCCUCCUCCCUCUUUUUUUGGUUAAAAAAGUCCUUUCUGA